GAAAAAGUCCAUAUUCCUCCACAAAGAUUAUCAUAAUAUUCUACAAUAACCAACCCAACAACACUUAAUAUUUUCUCUAUAUAAUUAAACUCUGCAUAACAUGCAUAUCUAUCUAAUCUAAACCCUUCCAUUCUAGUGUGCGUGAUGGUGACCGUGAAAGCCACCCACAUUGUCCGGCCGGCGGAGGCACGGCCGGACGAGAUCAUGUACAUAAAUUCAUGCGAUCAAAUCAAAGACAUAACCCACACUCCCACACUCUACUUGUACAAUCACUCCGCCGCUUUGGAGGCCGCGAACGCCGUCUCCAUACUCAAACACUCCCUCAGCAAAGCCCUAGCGCUCUUCUACCCGCUUGCCGGCCGCCUGCGCUGGGCGGAGGCGGGCGGCAGCAGGGUGGAGCUCCACUGCAACGGCGAGGGCGUCCCCAUCUUCGAGGCGGAGUCCGACGCCGCCAUCGAGGAUCUCGGCGACUUCACGCCAACUCAAGCCAUCCAACCCCUAAUCCCCUCCGUCGACUACACCACCCCGCUCCACCAGAUACCGAUGGUGAUCGUGCAGCUCACGCGCUUCCGCUGCGGCGGCCUCGGCCUCGGCCUCGGCAUCUCCCACGUCAUGGCCGACGGCCCCAGCGCCCUCCACUUCAUCACCGAGUGGACCAAGUUCGCGCGCGGGGCCGGCCCCGUCGCGCCGCCGUUCCUCGACCGGAAGGUCGUCGACGCCGACCAGCCGCCGGCCAGCUUCGACUUCGAUCCGGCGGUGCUCCGCCGUCCGCCGACGCUGAUCGGGGAGGAGGACAGCCUGGAGCAGCGGAGGAAGCCGAUCGCCGCCGCGGUCCUCGGCCUCAGCAAGCUCCAGAUCGAGAAGCUCCGCCGCAAAGCCGAUCUCGACAACGUUAGCCGCGGAUACAGCAGGUUCGAGGCCGUCUCCGCGCACAUCUGGCGGUGCACGAGCGAGGCGCGCGGCCACGCCGCGGAGCAGCAGACCAGCCUCCACUUCGUGGCGGACUUCCGCAACAAGCUAAACCCGCCGCUGCCGAAGAACUACUUCGGCAACGCGCUGAUCCGCGUGGAGGCGACGGAUAAAUCCGGCAGCCUCCUCGCCGGCAGCAUGGGCGCCGCCGCUAGAAAAAUACGCGAGGCGGUGGAGAAGGUGAGCGACGACGCCGUGAGAGGCUACUUGGACUAUCUGAAACGGCUGCCCGACGUGGGCCGGUUCAGGUCGCUGGACAACAACGGUCGGCCCAAGGGGGAUUUCUACGGUAACCCGAAUCUGGCGAUCAUCAGCUGGGCCGGGUUGCCCCUGUACGGCACGGAUUUCGGGUGGGGCAAUGAGAUCCAUUUAGGACCCGGGCCCAUGGGAUUUGAUGGGAAAACCUUCAUAAUUCCUGAUCGUGAAGGUGAUGGUGCGUUCAACAUCGCCAUAUGGCUGCAGGAGGAACACAUCGCGCCUUUCAAAAAAUGUUUUUAUGAUAUUUGAUUUUAUAUAUAAUAUAUGUAUCAGUUUUGUAUUAUUUUAAUUAAUUUCUGCAAAUUAAAUCUGGGAUGUGGAAGCUUUGUAACUUUGUUUGUAAUCAAUUAAUCGUAUUGUUGCCUGUAAUUCCUUUGA